GCGUUGGCGGAAUCGGCAAUGUUGGCGCGUUUCCAAAACUACGUAGUGUUAUGACCUCUGUAGAAUUAAAGGCAAAAGCGAACAGCGAAUCUAUUGAUAGUUGUCUUUCAAAAAUUCCUAAUGACAAACCCAAGUCUAUAUGGGUUGAAGCAGUUAACUGUGAUACUUCUUGUCCCGUACAAAUCACGUAUACGGAUGAAAAAGCUAUUGGAAGCGGUUCUUUUGGUGUUGUUUACAUUGCUACUUUGUCUGACGAUCGAAAAGUUGCAAUUAAAAAGGUUCUGCAAGAUAAGCGGUAUAAAAACCGUGAAUUACAAAUACUUCGAAAACUUAAGCACUGCAAUAUUGUUUCUCUGUAUUAUUACUUUUAUUCAACAUCAUCGUCAAAACCAAAUGAAACUUACUUAAAUUUAAUACAAGAAUACAUUCCUCAAACAUUGAGUCGCCUUAUCAAACACUACUGGCGUAUUCGGCAGAUAAUUCCACUUGUAUAUGUUAAGUUGUAUAGCUUUCAACUUCUACGUGGAUUGGCCUACAUUCACAAUCAAGGUGUAUGUCAUCGAGAUAUAAAGCCUCAAAAUCUAUUAAUUCAUCCAGAUCAAGGUUUAUUGAAAAUUUGCGAUUUUGGGAGUGCUAAGAUGUUAAAUCCUGAUGAACCAAAUGUUUCGUAUAUCUGUUCAAGGUAUUAUCGUGCACCAGAGCUAAUAUUUGGCGCUACUCAUUAUACUGUACAAAUAGAUAUGUGGUCAGCUGGUUGUGUUAUUGGUGAGCUUUUACUAGGUCGACCACUUUUUCCAGGCGAAUCAGGAGUUGAUCAAUUAGUUGAAAUUAUCAAAGUUCUUGGUACUCCAACGCGUGAACAAAUCCAUGAAAUGAAUCCUCAUUAUAGCGAAUUCAAAUUUCCAAAUAUUCAAGGAUGUUCAUGGGAAAAACUUAUUCGUAAUCGAAGUACCAAUACAGCAGCAUUCUAUGUACUUGGAAAAUUGUUAGUUUACAGUCCCAAAACUCGUAUGACUGCUUGUAAUAUUUUGAGUUGCUGUUUUUUUAAUGAUCUCAUCUUGCCACCACCUGGUCAUUCAAUCGAUGCAACAGGUUAUUUACCUAGUGGUAAACCGGCGCCGAAUUUUUUGAAUCAAUUUACGGAACAAGAAUUAUCAUAUCUUCCAAAAGAGAUGACUACUCGAUUACGAGCAUUAAGAGCUUCAAAAAGUCAAUCUGUUGUAAAUCUUUCAACAUUGGAAAAAUGUGAAUCAAAUAUUUGUAAGAAAAAUAAUUUAUCUACACCAGUAUCAUCAUCUAAACCAAAGUCGGAACGAGUAAAACUUCGUAACUCUAAAACAUCACAUGAAAAUUUAAUAACUCCACGUUCAUCUUUACAAUUGCCUAAAGGAAUUAAAAAAGAUCAAAGAUCAUCUGUUAGUAGUAUAUUUACUUGUCGAACUGGAGUUAUAAAUCAAACAAAUUCUGUUCAUCAUAAUCUUUUUCCUAAUAUGAUUUCAUCAGUGAAUGAAAGUCGAUCUAAUCAAUAUGCUAGACGUCCAUCACAAGAUUCUAUGUUAGACAAUUUAAAAACGAAUUCUUCAAAGAUAUUUCAACAAUCACAUUUAUCUUUUUCUACAAAUCAAGUUACAAGUAUUGAUCCUAAAAUUAAUGAUGAAAAAUGUCCAAGUAAUAAUACUAAUACUAUACAUGAAGAUUCCUUUCAAUCAAACUGUACUUCUUAGCAACAAAAAAACCAUUCAAAUAAAUGAACCAUGAUACUACUGAAUUACUAUCAUCUUAUUUAUACAUUGUGUAUGUAUAUGAAUAAAUGAAAGAAUGUUUAUCUGGCAAUGUUAUAUACUUUAUUAUGCUAUCCAUUUCAAACAACGGUCACAUCAUAAUGUACUUUUCUCAAAUAGAAUAUCAUUUACUAACAUUUAUUCUCUUAUGUAUAUCCACUUCAGUUUUACAUUUGUAAUAAAUAAUUGAUGUAUUUUGUUACAUAAUCUUCCUACACUAUUUCAUCUUUUUUUUCUCCCUUUCAUCAUUUCAACUGUAUACAACAUAGUGUUAUUAUCUAUUCUGCAUAUUGUCUCUCUAUCCAGUGAAUUUUUUUUCCCUGUCAUUACAUAAUCACUUUUUUCUGUUUUACCUUCUCAACAAUUUGAUUGUCUGUUCUUUUUUGUCUCCUUGACUGAUCUCGUUUCAAUUUCUGUCAUCACAAAAAACAACGUUAAACUAGAUCUGUUUAAUUACACUAUUGACAGUGAUCAUUUUUCUUUCUUUUUUUUGGUUGUUGUUGUUGUCUAUUUGUUCAACAUGUAAUAAUUGGUCAACUAAUGAGAAGUUGUCUAUUUUCCUCUCUUCUGUUGUGUAUGUAUGUAUGUAUGUGUGUAUGUGUCUUAAUUUGUAUAGAUGUGUAUAUUUCCAUCAGACAACAAUUUGUACUAUUUUCAACAUGACAACUUAACAAUAUACUACUAUUUUCUUCAUAUUUAGUAGUAGCGCACAAUUACUUAGUUAGUUAGUUAGUAGUAGUACCUCGUGAUGUUGAAACAAUAUUAUCAUCAUUGAAUAAUUCAUCCGAAAAUGAAACUUUUGAUAAUGUACAAAAAUUCCAUUGUAAAAUUCAUUUUGACUUUCAUUUUUAUUGUGUCUUAUUCUCUCUCCAACUUGUCUAUUCUAUUUCUUUCUAUAAUUGUCAUACAUUAUCUCAUGGACAAUGGGUUAUUUCAUUAUUCUUUAUCCCAAUAUCAAUAUUUCUUCACUCGAUUAUUUAUUAUUCUUAUUCAAUUUUCCAUAGUGCAAUUAUCAUUUUUCUUUCAUUCAUUAUCUAUAUGUGUGUGUGAGAGAGAGAGGGGGGAGGGAGAUAGAUCAUUUAAUGAUUAACUUAAUUCUUGACAACAAAAAAGGUAACAACCAUUCUUUUUUUGUUUUUCUCUUUUUUUUCUAUAUUAAUUUCUUCUUAUGCAUUUAGAUAUUUCAUUAUUGUGAAAUGCAACAAACAAACAAUAAAACAGAAUAACAACAGUGC